GGGCUAUCAAAGAUAACCUCACGUGAUCACUGCAGCAGUCCUGCCUCGCUGCUUCUUCCCAAACGAUGAGUUUCCUCGGCUUAGGGUCCUCCGCCGAGGUGGAGGUGACCCUCGGCGACGCAGAAAAACGAAAAAAAGUGGAACUACGAAACGAGGAAGGAAAGAAAGACAAAGUCUUCCUUUACUACGACGGUGAGACCGUGUCAGGCACCGUUCACGUCCGUCCAAAGUCGAAGAACAAGCGACUGGAGCAUCAGGGCAUCAAAAUCGAGUUCCUGGGACAGAUCGAGUUGUUCUACGAUCGCGGCAAUCAUCACGAGUUUACGUCGCUCGUUCAGGAGCUUUGCGGUCCGGGCACCCUCGAGCGAGAAAGAGAUUUCGACUUUCAGUUUCAGCACGUCGAGAAGCCGCACGAGAGCUACAAUGGAGCGAACGUGAGACUAAGGUACUUGCUACGUGUGACGAUUUCAAAAAGGCUGUCAGACAUCGUCAAAGAGAUGGACUUGGCAGUACAUACACUAGCAUCGUAUCCUGACAUCAACAGCAGUAUUAAGAUGGAGGUCGGUAUCGAGGACUGUCUGCAUAUAGAAUUUGAGUACAACAAAUCAAAGUACCACCUGAGAGACGUGAUCGUCGGCAAGAUCUACUUCCUGUUAGUUCGAAUCAAAAUCAAACACAUGGAAUUAGCCAUUAUCAAGAGAGAAUCAACAGGAACAGGUCCCAACAUGUACAAUGAGAAUGAGACAAUAGCCAAGUAUGAAAUUAUGGACGGAGCGCCAGUUAGAGGCGAAUCGAUUCCUAUUCGUCUGUUCUUGUCGGGCUAUGAGUUGACUCCGACUAUGCGAGAUGUCAACAAGAAAUUCAGUGCACGCUACUAUCUUAACCUUGUGCUGGUUGACGAAGAGGAAAGACGAUACUUUAAGCAACAGGAGAUCGUACUGUGGCGGAAGGGCGAUCUGACAGCCAUCCGACGCAAGCGCGACACAGUGACCGUUCCUUUGAAAAGCAGUUAGAACACUGACAGACUCAAUAUAGUUGGUUUCACUAUAUCUCGUCAAUAGCUUUUGUUUGGUUAUACCGUACGCAUCUUAUCA